CGACCAUCGUCUGUCGCGACGUAGGCUUUUCAAAAAACCGCAAUCAUGGCUCCCAAGAAGAAGGAAGUCCAGAAGCUUUCUCUGGGCGAAUUUUUGAACGAACCCUCUUUCGGCGGCUCUUGGGCUGAUGAGGUCGAGGACACCUAUGCCUCCGGCACUCAACCUCUCCCUCCCGCUGAGCGUCGCGGCCCUUCCACCUAUGGUGGAGGCUCUUCGUUUGCUGACCGCGGUUAUUCCUCCCUCCGCGACAACAUCAGCCCGGCCCAGCUUCCUACCAGGCCCCCUUUCACCGCUCAUCUCGGUAACCUUUCAUACAAUGCGACCGCCGAGUCCGUUACCGAGUUCUUUGAGGGCUGCGAUGUCGUGAAUGUCCGCAUCAUCGAGGACCGCGAGACUCAGCGCCCCAAGGGUUUUGCCUAUGCCGAGUUCAAGGAUGUCGAGGGUCUCAAGACUGCCUUGACCCGUGAUGGAGAGACCUUUGACGGUCGUAGCAUCCGCAUCAAGAUUGCCGAUCCCCCCAAGCAGGGAUACAGCGACAGGGCUGAGUCGAGCCGUGAUCUCCCCACCUGGGAGCGCAGAGGACCCCUUCCCGACUUGCCCGGACGUGACCGCCCCCAACGUGACUUUGGCGAGCGUAGAGCCCCCAGAGAGUUUGCCCCUGCCGACGAUGGCAAGGUUCGCGAUUUCGGCAACUGGGAAAGACGUGGUCCCCUUCCCCCCGCGGAGCCCACUGAGCAAAUCAGAGAUUCCUCUCGCUCGCGUCCCCUUGAGGCCCGUGGCGAGUCUUUCCGCAGCGAUAGGAGGGCUUCCCCCGCUGCUUGGGGCCCUGGUGAGGGUCGUCAAGAUACUUCCCGUCCUCCCCGCCGCGAGUUUGGCGACCGUCCCGAGCGCGCUCCUACUGCCGCUGAGAAGGACAACCAAUGGCGCAACAGCAUGCGCCCUGCUACCGAGUCUCGUGAAGGAAGCGUCCCCAACUCUCCGGCGCCCUCGGCUGCUCUUCCUGUCGGUCGCCCUAAGCUGAACCUCGCCAAGAGAACCGUUUCAGAAGCCCCCGAGGCCGGAUCGACCGCUUCGACUGACUCGAAGGCCAGCCCCUUCGGUGCCGCUCGCCCCAUCGAUACUGCCGCCCGCGAACGCGAGAUCGAGGAGAAGCGCCUUCAGGCCCUCAAGGAGAAGAAGGAGGCCGACGAGAAGGCUAAGGAGGAGAAGCGUCUUGCUAAGGAGGCCGCUGCUAAGGCCGAGGCUGAGAAGGCUGAAGCGGAUGCCGCGGCCGCGAAGGCUGAGGCUGAGAAGCCCGUUGAGGCCCCCGCCCCCGCUGCUGAGGAGGAGGUCAAGUCCCCCGGUGCUGCUCCUGCCACUCCUGCCAACGGUGUAGCUGCCGAUCAGAAGCUCCCCGUCAAGGCCCGUGAGCCCCGCGAGGCCCCUAAGACUAGAGCCACCGAGAGCGGUAACUGGCGCUCUGCUCCUAGGGAACCUCGUGGUGGUGCCGCUCCUGGUGGGCCUCGCCGCAACGACCGUGUCCCCGCUGAUCGCGCUUCUCGCGCUCCUCGCAGCGACUCUGGCCGCGGCCCUCGUGCGAACGGCGGUGCCCCCGCCUCCCAGCCCGCCCAGGCUACCCCGGCUGCCGGUGCGGAGCAGGCUCCCGCUACUCCCGCCGCCGCCGAGGAAGAUGACGGCUGGACGAAAGUCACUGUCCCCAGCAAGAACCGUCGUGGCACCAACCGUGCCUACUAAUUGUACACUCGACGACAUCCCGUCAGCUUUUCACGAUCGCCGGAUAGCCUCUUCCGAAAAGCAUGGUGCAUGGCUUCAUGUUGCCCUGCUCACGUUUUGCCAGCCCAAUGACUUCGAAGAGAAUCAUUCCACUCACAAAGGAGUCACAAGCGAUCACACGAUUCAAUCACCCUACGCGCGAUCUAGUCCCUGCUUUGGAUAGGCAAUGUCCUCCAUUGUAGUAAGAGCAUUCUCGCCGCAAAUUUACCUGGGUUUUCUUCUACUUUGCUCACAUCUACGUUUGCGCAAAUUCAGAAAGGGGUUAUAGGUAUUACCAAAUGGGUGUUCUUUUCCAUGCCUUUUCUUUUUACAUGGGCGCAUCAUUUUCCUCACAGACAUGGAACGUACGGAUACCUAUUCUAUCACAAGGGAUAGAAGGAGAUGGGCGAAGCAAGAAAAGAAGGAAGGGCGGAGGGGGGGAGAAAGGUCGAUGACAAGAUGGGGAAGGUACAGAAUGAGGAGAGGGCAGAAGAGAGGAUGUUCGGUGAAGUCGAUGCGUGUCUGUCUCCCCAGGCUUAUAUCCAAGAGGGACACGCCACGCCGCGUAUUUUUUCAAAAUUUGUUUGUUGGUGGAGAAAUAAAAGCGGAUUCGGUUCAAGAGACUUUGCAAAGAGAGAACUGGAAGCGGAAAUGAUGUUUCUCGGGACAACUGCCAUAUCAGGAGGCUGAUAUGCUUUAUCGCGAUCGAGACUGUGUCCCACUCAACCCUGUUCAGUAAGCCAAAUGUCUUGAUGCAUUUUCGCCUGUUGAUAGUUAGUACCGUCGAGUCCAUCAAAUCCUUUAUGUGAUAC